AUGAACAUGGCGAUCGAACCACAAAAACAGUUUUUAUCGACAACUCAGAAUUAUCCUGAAGCGUUUGGUGAUACGCUCAGUCGAACCAAAUCUUCGUCGGACACAUUGAAACUGACGUUGAUCGAUCGAAAACGGCCAUUAUUAACAUCAAGUGAAACAUCGACUGAGAUCGAAAUAAAGCGGAAAAAAUACGUUCGAACAUUUAAUGAAACUCAAUCUGUGGUGUGUAAUCAAAAGUUUGUUGAGAUACCAAAACGACAUGAAACAUUUGCUAAAUGGCCCAAAGAUAAACCAUUACCAGCAGUGGACGAGAUGGUUAAAGCGGGCUUCUUCUACUCGGGCGCGCAAACAAUUGUCUCAUGUUUCUACUGUAAUGGAUCACUGCAGAAUUGGACGACCAAGGAAAAUCCGACAACUGAACACGCUCGCUGGUUUCCUCAUUGCGCUUACAUUCGACAAUUGUGCGGCGAUGAAUUAUUUCAGAGAAUCCAACAAGCGAAACGAGAUCAAAAACAACCACACACAUCCUCCAGUACUCAAAUAUCGAUACUGGAUGAUAAUACAUUGUCAAAAUAUGUUGCGGCUCGUCUAGAUUUACCAAUAUCUCAACAUCUGUCAGACAAAUAUCGACGAUUAAUUAUAAAACGGUGCUACGAAGAUCAACUGAAACUCAAACUCGAUGAUUUUCCGGGUGAUACUGAUCUACAUAUGGCGUGUUUGAUUCUUCAAAAACAGAUUGAUGUAAUCGACGGCAAAAAAGAAAAGAUUAUUAUCCCAUCCAAAAAACUCCAAGAAAUAACGGAUAAGAAUAUGAAAGAACAGAAAACACUGCUGGAUACAAGCGAAAGUUUAGCUGAACCCCAAAAGAGUCAAACUCAAGCCUUUAAUUUGAGUCCGAGUUUAAAUAUCAGCAUGUGCACGGUGUGUUUGAUGGAUGAAAGGCGACUCGCUUGUAUGCCGUGUGGACAUGUGGCAACGUGCGUGCCGUGCGGUCAUUCACUUCGUACGUGCCCAAUGUGUCGACGAACAAUAGACGGUUUUGUUCGAGUUUACAUUUAA